CGUCCGCAGGGCCCUGCCGUGGAGUUCGCGCUGCCGCAGGAGCCGGAGCCGCGGGCCGCGGACCUCGGGGCCCCGGGGGCGGGGGCGGCGGGGCCACCGACGCCGUCGGCGCACAUCCCGGUGCCAGGGUAUAGGUGAGCCGGGGUUCGCGUGCCAGGCCGAGGGGGCGUGUGCACCCGUGCGCCUGUGUGUGCAGGGGUGGUGGAUGGGGCGCGGGCUGGAGCCUUCCAGACCCCACCCCUGCGAGGGGCGCCUCGGUGGAGGGCAGGUCAGCAUCCUGAACUGGGUUUCUGUCCUUGCCUUUCGGCUCUCCAGCCCUGGAGGAGUUAAGCAGAAAUGACCCAUGUAUCAGUAUGCCUUGUUCCUCCCCAAACCCUGAGAGCCAGAGCGCAGAACUGGGAGGGGGCGCCUGUCAGCCUCUGUGCCCAGGAGGCUGUGAGGCCCGCGUGGAAUCGACUGUCCAGGCAUCCCGGGGCCCCUGAUGGCUGUCUCGCCAGCUCUGUCUGCAGAGAGAGAAACCCUCCCAGGUGCCUGACACCCCGGGCUGGCUGCGCAGGCGGGGGCGGGCCCUGGCCUUGCCCGCUGGGGCCCAGGGACCCGCUUGUGCUUGGAGCCCAGGCUCCGCUGGCUGCUGCUGGCUGCUGGCUGCUCCCGCCCUCCCAGGUCUGGCGCUAGGCCCGCAGCUGCUGUUGCACAACCCUGGUUAAUGUGUGAUUGCGGGGAGGGCUGGCCUGGCCUGGCCCCACCGGCGGGGCCUCAGACCCCUGUCCAGCAGCAGGGUCUGAAGGAGCCACGGUGGAACAAAGCCCAGGCUGCAGAGAAGUCGGGCUUUGGAAAGACCCCAGCCCAGGCUUGUUCCCGGUGGUUCCUGGGGAUUUGGAGCUCGGCAACCCGAGCUGGAGGUGGAGCUGGGCCUCCUGCCCGGCUCCUGGAGUGAGGGAGCUGGGUGCACACACGUGCCCAGGCCUGCACGUGUGCCGGGACGGGGACGGGCCUGGAGUACUUCUUGGGCCCUACCCACCCCUCCACCCCCCAUCCCCAUCUGCUCCAGAGCCCCCCCAGGAAAAGCCCGGCUGGACGAGGUCAUGGCUGCUGCAGCCCUCACAAGCCUGUCCACCAGCCCCCUCCUGCUGGGGGCCCCGGCUGUAGCCUUCAGCACAGAGCCCAGCUUGGAGUCUCGGAGGGAGGCCCCGGUGCGGCCACCGGGCAGCAGCGGCAGCAGCGGGGAUGGGGGCUGGGGCCCGGCCAGUGACCAGUCCUCUCCAUCUACCCCGUCGCCCCCGCUGCCACCUGAGGCAGCCCACUUCCUGUUCGGGGAGCCUGCCCUGAGGAAGAGGAAGAGCUCGCUGCAGGGGCUGUUCCAGUGUCUGUGGAAGCGCUGCGGGAAGGUGCUGAGCUCGGCGUCAGGGAUGCAGAGACACAUCCGUCUGGUGCACCUGGGCAGGCGGCAGGCAGAGCCAGAGCAGAGCGACGGCGAGGAGGACUUCUACUACACGGAGCUGGAUGUCGGCGUGGACUCGCUGACCGAUGGGCUGUCUGGCCUGACCCCGGGGUCCCCCACGGCCUCCGCGCCGCCCGCCUUCCCCCGCCUGGAGCCGCUGGAGCCCCCGGCCCUGCCCAGCCUGCUGCGCCCGCCCGCCCUGCCCCCACCCCCGGUGCUGAGCUCCCUGCCCGCCCCCCAGGGCUGCCUGGCACCCGUCCACCCGGAGCCACAGCCCAUCCCGGUCAGGGCCUGCGCGCCCGCCCUGCCCGCCAAGCCCGGUGCCAACCCGAGGAAGCCCCGAGGUGACGCCAGGAAGUGCCGGAAGGUGUAUGGCGUGGAGCACCGGGACCUGUGGUGCACGGCCUGCCGCUGGAAGAAGGCCUGCCAGCGCUUCCUGGACUGAGCGCCGCCCGCCGGGGCCUCUCCUAGCUGCAGGGCCUUCUUUCUAACCGGGGGGGGGGGGGGGGGCCCCACCACUCAAAGUGCCUCUGAAGAAACCCGCCUCUUGGCCUUUUGCACUAAAGCCAGACCUCACAGCUGUCCCCUUGGCCUGGGGUCCCCAGGGGUGGCCGCCCCCCACCUGUCGGCCCCGGACUUGUCAGGGGUGUGACGGGCCCCGCUUUGGGGCCACAUGGGGCCGUCCUCGAUGCACUUUGAGGGGUGUCGGGGAGGGGGCGCCCCUGCCCGCACUUAAUCUGACUGUUUGAGGGCCCGGGUGCACAUUUGUACCGUGUUUGCCAAGCUCAGGUGUCUCACGUCUGGGCUGAACCAGGCGAGGAGUAACAUUAAAGAUUCGGGAUUUUUCCAAAAGCUGUGUCUGCCUCCUGGG